CCUAGCAACUCCCGGCGGCGGAAGAGAGCUUGGCGGAGCGGUCAGCGUUUCCGCGUCAGCACUAGAAAGAUGGCGGCGGUUGUUGGCGAUGAAGGGCCGGAGGCAGACUGGGUUCUACCUUCGGAGGUGGAAGUCCUAGAAUCCAUCUACUUGGAUGAGCUACAGGUGUCUAAAGGAAAUGACAGGACUAUGCCCUGGGAAAUCUGCAUCACUCUGUAUCCAGCAACUGCUGAGGACCAGGACUCACAGUAUGUCUGCUUCACUCUUGUGCUUUCUGUGCCCACUCAGUAUCCCAAUGAAGUGCCAAAGAUAGACAUCCGGAAUCCUCGAGGGUUAUCAGAUGAGCAGAUCCAGAAGUAAUUUCUCUGACC